GGAGAACAAAGCAGAGAGAGAGAGAGAGAGAGAGAGAGGAGCAUUACCCAUUUCUUCAUAGUGGCACAACUGAAUAAAACCCAUGUAGAGAGAGAAAGAGGAGAGAGAGAAAGAGGGGGUUAAUUGUCGAGGUUGCAGAUGGGGCUGCAGUUGCAGUUACUAUGGCGGCGUUGCAGAGCUCCAAUUCCGUGCCAUUAUUGCUGGAGGCAGUGAAGGGAGAAUGGAAGACGAGUGCAGAGAAGGAUCGUGGUUUGUUGCCCUAAAAUAAAUUUCCCAAGAUUUGUCUUCAAAAAGCUGCACAGACCCAACAUCAAGAAGAAAGAAGAAGGAGAAACUACUUUCAUCGGAGAAUUGAAAAAUCAAAAAGAAGAUAAGCGCGCAAGAGCAACACUCUUACAAUUACUCUUACUCGUAAGAAGUAAGACCGUCUAAGGCUUAUCGAUUCGUCGUCAUCGUCGUCGUCGUUUCUAAUAUUUGUAAUCUGAGCUUCUGAUAUGGAUUUGUUGUUUAAAUUCGCGCCGGUGAGGUUGGGAAAAUGGCAGGGUUAUUCUCGGUAGGAGCGAGUGGCGGAGGGGCAAGUCAUCAUCAGGUGCAGGAAGGCGACUCGGUGGACGGAAUCGGUGGUGCGGGGGAGGAGAUCUACGGGAAGGGUUUGGAGAUAUGGCAGCAGAGGUACGAGGAGCGCCCAAAUCACCAGUCGCAGGGCAGCAUCAUCGACUACUUGUGCGGCUCGGCGGGCGCAUUGGGUGGGGAUCUUAGGCGGGGAACGACGACGUUCGACGUGUUUGAUGAUCAGCGGUGGCCGUCGCGAUCCACGGCGGCGAUGAGGCAGGGAAUCGGCGGCGGAGGGGGAGGAGGCGUGAACUGCCAGGACUGCGGGAACCAGGCGAAGAAGGACUGUGCCCAUAUGAGAUGCAGGACUUGCUGCAAGAGCCGGGGGUUUCAGUGCCCGACUCACGUGAAGAGCACGUGGGUCCCCGCAGCGAAAAGGCGCGAGAGGCAGCAACAGCUCACGGCGCUUCAACAGCAACAGCAGCACCAGCUCCGAGGCGGAGGCGGAGGCGGAGGAGGAGGAGAGAAUCCCAAAAGGCAGAGAGAGAAUCCCGGCGCUUCCCCUCUCGAUUGCACUCGAUUAUUACCCACCACCACAGGGUUGGAAGUGGGGCACUUCCCGGCGGAGUUGAGCUCGCCGGCGGUGUUCCGAUGCGUGAGACUGAACUCAAUAGAUGACGCGGACGAGCAGUACGCGUAUCAGACGGCUGUGAACAUCGGAGGCCAUGUUUUCAAGGGAAUUCUUUACGAUCAAGGCCCGGAGAGCGGUUUUGCCGGCGCAGGUGGAGAGAGCUCUUCCGGCGGCGGUGGACCUCAUCAGCAGCUUAAUCUCAUCGCCGGUACAUCCAGCAACGCCGCCACGGCCACGGCCACGGCCACUAGCAGCGACCCCGAUGUGCUUGAUCCUAGUCUAUUUCCAGCUCCGAUCAACGCGUUCAUGGCGGGUACGCAAUUCUUCCCACCCCCAAGAUCUUGAAAAUUAAGAAACAAACCUGAUCAGAUCCCUUAAUAUGAAUGUUUUCCUUCUGCUGUUCUUCUUCGAUACGAUCUUGUUAGUGUACGUCUCAAUUAUCUCAAUUAACGACCAUUGGAGUA